AUGCGCUGUUCCAUCAGACAGUGCUUCAGAACUUUUGUGAUCCUCAUAUUUCUGUGGUUCUUCAUCAUCCUGAGAAUCCCGGAGGAAAUGGAUGAUGUCAAAAACGUGGUAGUCAAUUAUGGCAGUAAGAAGAACCCCAAAUCACUAGAAGACUGGCAGACCAUCACCUCCAAAUAUUUGGGAAAAACCCAUUGGAGAAGAAAAACAUGGCUGACAGUGGGGAUCACCUCAGAGUCACGACAGGGUCACCGAGGCCUCCUGGACACGUUGGCCUCCCUGUACCAUGUCUUGUCCACAGCCGAGCAGAAACAAAUCACAGUGCUGGUCCACCUGGCUGAUUCUGAUCCCAGCUGGCUCAGGGAUACUGUGCUUCAUAUUUCAAGUCUCUACAGGUCACAGAUCUUGACAGGGCAUUUGCUACUGAUCCACGCCCCAUCCAGUGCCUACCCUACCGUGAACAGUGUCCAGGAGAUCUCUCACGGGCACAUCUACUCAAAGCAGAAUGUAGAUCAUGCCUUCCUGAUGAGCUUUGCCACAAAGCUCUCCACUUACUUCCUAUUGAUAGAGGACGAUGUCAUUUGUGCCCCCAAUUUUGUCAACCACAUUCGAUCAAAGGUGACCAACAGGAAGCCCAACACCUGGGUGCUCAUUGAGUUCUCUAAUAUGGGCUUCCUUGGCAAACUUUUCCACAGCAGGGACCUGCCACUCCUGGCCCAUUUCCUCCUCCUCUUCCACCAGGAACGACCUCUCAACUGGCUGAUCCAUCAUUUCUGUACCAUCCUGGCCCAGCAAAGCCCAAUCCUCUGCAGACCAUUUCUCUUCUACCACAGGUUGCCUCACUUCGCUUUUGAGAACAAGACCUUAACAGGCCAGGAAGAAGGUCCUCGUGGUCCUGAUAACCUCCCUGGAACUGUUUUCACAGACAUGAGACUCUCUGGUGUUUAUUCCCCACAGGAGGCCUACACUCUGGAUGAGUCUUUCUUUUUGACCUACAACGUCAGCACAGGGAACUACUUGACAGUGAUUUUGAACCACACAGCGGACCUGAACAGGGUGCAAGUAAGAACAGGCUCCAUCACAGAUGGAGACUACAUCCUAGAAAAAGGACAGGUGGAGCUAGGCUACAGUCCUGAAGGAACGCCCCCAAACUGUACCAGAUUCACGCUGCUGGGCCAUCUGGCGCAAGGACAGCUGGAUCACAUCGUUCUGAAGGGCAGUGGGAACCAAGUAAAAUGCGUGAAGCUGGCAGUGAAUGCUAAUCAGGUUGGUGGCCUCAUGAUCAGGCACAUCUACCUCUGGGGGUCCGAAACACCUGAAACGGAAAGCUGGUCAGAGUUGAUGGUAAAUUACGAUAUGAACAAUUGA